AUGGAAAUCGAUGGCACAGUCGAUGCUGAUGAAUCUAUAGUAGUUAACUUAAAUCAAACACGAUUACAAAGAUUAUGCGAACACUUUCGAAAACGAAAAUUAAUUUGGACAAUAGUUUUGAUUAUUUUGAUUGUUGCAAUUAUAGUUAAUCCAAUAGUUAUUGUUACAAUGAAUAAAGGAAAACGAGAAAAAACAUCAACAAUACAGAUAACAACAGUGGAGAUAAUAACAGCAACAGCAGCACACAUAACAACAGAGAAAAUAGCAGCAGCAACAGCAGGCAAACCAGAACAAAUAACAACAACAGAGAAAACAACACAAAUAGCAACAGAGAAAACAACACAGAUAGCAACAGAGACAACAGCAACCGAAGAAUUAAUUCCUUUGGUUAUUAUUAAUGAAGAUACGAAAUGGAAACAAAGUGCAACUACUGUUGCUGGAGGAAAUAAACGAGGAGAUGGACUAAAUCAAUUAAAGCAGCCUCUGGGUAUUUAUGUUGAUGAGGACAGUGAAAGUAUUUAUAUUGCUGAUACUGAUAACAAUCGUAUUGUUCGAUGGAAAUUUGGGGCAAAGAAUGGUACAAUUGUUGCAGGUGGAAAUGGACAGGGCGAUAACAUAGAUCAAUUGCGGUCUCCAACAGACAUAGUUCUUAAUAAAGAGAAGACAUCUCUCAUCAUUUGUGAUUCGUAUAACAAGCGAGUGAUUCGAUGGUCUCUUCAAAAUAGUCAGAGUAAAGAAAUAUUGAUCUCUGAUAUUUCUUGCUGGGGUUUGGCAAUACAUAAUAAUGGAGAUCUUUAUAUUUCUGACUAUAAAAAACAUCAAAUCAGACGUUUGCAGCAAGGAGAUAAAGAAGCUACAAUCGUAGUAGGUUACCAUGGACAAGGAAAUCAGUUGAAUCAAUUAAAUGAACCUAUGUAUAUCUUUGUCGAUAAAAAUCAUUCAAUUUACGUAGCGGAUUGUGCGAAUAAUCGUGUAAUGAAAUGGAUGAAAAAUGCGUUUGAAGGGACUCUUGUUGCUCCAGGAAAAGCUUCUGGCGAAAGUCUUAAUUCACUAAAGGAACCUAUAGGUGUUAUUGUUGAUCAUGUUGGUAAUAUUUAUGUGUCAAAUUCUUAUGCUUUUCAAAUAAAACGUUGGUCGCCAGGUGCAAAAGAAGGUGUUCCUGUCGUUGGUGAAGAAAAAAUUGAAAGCGACGGACCCACGGAGCUCAGCCAUCCAUAUGAUUUAUCAUUUGAUCGACAGGGUAAUCUAUAUGUUCUCAGCUAUGGCACGAAUCGAUUACAAAAAUUUGUUAUUGAUGUUGACUAA